AUGGCGGAUGCAAAGUAAGCUGUCAAAGUAUGGUGCAUUAUAUUUUUGCUUUGAUUCAUGAACGAUCAAAUAUAUUUCACCGAUUAAAGAAAGAAAUAGUAAAUAUGCGUUGAAUAUAUGGAAUUAUGAAAUAAUUAAUCAAUUUGUAUAUAUAAUUAAAAGUACGAAUAUCUUGUAUAUACUAAUUAAUAUUUCUUAAAACUGUUUUUACUUUAUAAUGAUGAAUAAUCGGAGACGAACGAAUAAUUUCACUUAUGUUAGUUCUUGUGUGAAAUAUAUGAUAUUUAUGCUCAAUUUUGUUUUUUGGUUAUUUGGAGGACUUCUAAUUGGAGUAGGUUUAUAUGCAUUUGUGGAUAAAUGGCAAGCAACUGGUUCUGUUAGAGUGGAAAAUGUAUAUGAUGUAAUUCUCAAUAUUUCACUUGUAAUGGUUAUUGCAGGAGCAGUAGUCUUUGUUGUUAGUUUUGCAGGAUGUGUAGGAGCAUUACGUGAAAAUACUUGUCUUCUUAAAUUUUAUUCAUUGUGUCUAUUGGUAUUCUUUCUGCUUGAAAUGGGUAUAGCAAUUGUUGGUUUUAUAUUUCCACAUACAUUACAAUCAUUAUUGGAAGAAUCAUUCACAGAUAAAAUCAUACAAACAUAUAGAGAAGAUCCUGAUUUACAAAAUUUUAUUGAUUUUGGUCAGCAAAAAUUCAGAUGCUGUGGUUUAAGUCAAGAAGGAUAUUUGGAUUGGGGAAAGAAUGAAUAUUUCAAUUGUUCCAGUCCUAGUGUAGAACGUUGUGGUGCACCAUUUUCAUGUUGCAUUAAUGCUACAGAUAUAUCAAGUGGACUUGUGAAUAUAAUGUGUGGCUAUAAAGUACAAAUGCUACCAGUUUCUGAAGCAGGUAAAAAAGUAUGGACUAGUGGGUGCAUUGAAAUUGUGAGAAGUUGGGCAGAACGCAAUUUGUACACAAUAGCUGGUAUUGCUUUAGGUAUAGCUCUUAGUCAAUUAUUUGUCAUUUAUCUUGCUAAAACAUUAGAAGGCCAAAUUGAAUUGCAAAAGUCUCGUUGGCAUUCCUGAGCUUGACUUCAGGCCACCUACCGCUAUCAAAUUCCUCCCAAUAGGCAGGUGGCCAAUAUUCGAUCAAGAAGUCAUGAUACUAAAAAAUGUGGAAAAAUUCGGAUGGCUUUACUUAUUAGUAUUGCAGUUCUUGUAUACAUAAUUUCUAUUUUUGUUUUCAUCAAACUUUUUUUUUAUUUCAAAAACAAUUUUCAUUUAUAUUUUAACAAUGAUUUUUUAUUUUUUACAUAAUGCUCUAUUUUUAUAAUUUUAUUUUCUUCAUUACCAAUUUAUGUUAUAUGUUGUCAACAAAUUAUAUUAAGUGAUGUAGCCAUAUAUUUUUUCUUGAAAUUUUCUCAAACUUGAACAAUCACAGGCUGGUUGCUUUUAAACUAUAUAAAUUCAAUCUAAAACGAAAUAUUUAAAUAACGAUAUUAUUCAAUAUAUAUAUUUAGUUACAUAUCAAAUUUGUUGCAAAAAUUACACAUAUGAGAAAAAAUAUUUUUUUAUUCGCUAUAAAAAAUUAAUUAAAUUAAUGUAAUUAAUUAUAUAUUAAAAUAACCACAAUUAAUUUUGUAAUAAAUAUUAAUUUUUUUAUUAUGUAUAUAAUUUAUAAAAAAUAAAUAACAAUAGUAAAUUUCAUAUGUUGGUAAUUUUUGCACUA